AUGGCCGCCACCAACUCUCUCGACCACCUCAGCAACCGUAUGAAGCUGGAGUGGCACUCCAAGCUCAACACUGAGAUGGUCCCGGCCAAGAACUUCCGCCGUACCUCCAUCAUCGGAACCAUUGGUCCCAAAACCAACUCGACCGAGAAGAUCAACGCGCUCCGCAGAGCUGGUCUCAACGUUGUCCGCAUGAACUUCUCUCACGGCUCGUAUGAGUACCACCAGUCCGUUAUCGACCACGCCCGUGAGGCCGAGCAGGCUCAGAAGGGCCGUCCCCUUGCCAUUGCUCUCGACACCAAAGGUCCUGAGAUCCGUACCGGAAACACUGUUAACGACCAGGAUAUCCCCAUCAGCGAGGGCCACGAGCUCAACAUCACCACUGAUGAGAAGUAUGCCGCCGCCAGUGACGACAAGAACAUGUACCUUGACUAUAAGAACAUCACUAAGGUGAUCUCGCCCGGCAAGCUCAUCUAUGUCGACGAUGGUAUCCUUUCCUUCGAAGUCCUCGAGGUCGUAGAUGACAAGAACCUGCGCGUCAAGUGUCUCAACAACGGUAACAUCUCGUCCCGUAAGGGUGUCAACCUGCCUGGCACCGACGUUGACCUUCCCGCUUUGUCCGAGAAGGACAUCAGCGACCUGAAGUUCGGUGUCAAGAACAAGGUCGACAUGGUCUUCGCCUCGUUCAUCCGUCGCGGCAGUGACAUCCGCGACAUCCGCGCUGUCUUUGGCGAGGAGGGCAAGGAGAUCCAGAUCAUCGCCAAGAUCGAGAACCAGCAGGGUGUCAACAACUUCGAUGAGAUCCUUGAGGAAACCGACGGUGUCAUGGUUGCCCGUGGUGACCUGGGUAUCGAGAUCCCCGCCCCCAAGGUUUUCAUCGCCCAGAAGAUGAUGAUCGCCAAGUGUAACAUCAAGGGUAAGCCCGCCAUUUGCGCCACCCAGAUGCUCGAGUCCAUGACAUACAACCCCCGUCCCACUCGUGCUGAGGUGUCCGAUGUCGCCAACGCCGUUCUUGAUGGUGCCGACUGUGUUAUGUUGUCGGGUGAGACCGCCAAGGGUACCUACCCUUGCGAGGCUGUCCGUAUGAUGCACGAGACCUGCUUGCUGGCCGAGGUUGCCAUCCCCCACUUCAACGUCUUUGACGAGUUGCGCAACCUUGCUCCUCGUCCCACCGACACUGUCGAGUCCAUUGCCAUGGCUGCCGUCAGUGCCAGUUUGGAACUCAAUGCCGGUGCCAUCCUUGUCUUGACCACCAGUGGUAAAACCGCCCGUCUCAUCUCCAAGUACCGCCCCGUUUGCCCCAUCAUCAUGGUCACCCGCAACCCCAUGGCUUCUCGGUACUCUCACCUGUACCGUGGCGUCUGGCCCUUCACCUUCCCCGAGGAGAAGCCCGACUUCAACGUCAAGAUCUGGCAGGAGGACGUCGACCGCCGCCUCAAGUGGGGUAUUAACCACGGUCUCAAGCUCGGUAUCGUCAACAAGGGUGACAACAUCGUCUGCGUCCAGGGCUGGCGCGGCGGUAUGGGCCACACCAACACCGUCCGCGUGGUCCCUGCUGAGGAGAACCUUGGCCUUGUUGAGUAA